CCAUACACCUUGCCUGGAGGCAUCAUGCACUCUGCCUGGUGUGGGAGGGAUGGUGUGUUCUGUCCAGAAGCCACUCUGCAUCUUGCCUUGGGGGGUGUAGGGACAGUGACCUCUGCCUGGGGAGGACUAUGUGCUCAGGAGGGCACACUAUAUCCUCUUUAGGGUGGAGGGGGACUGUGCACCCCGUCUGUUGCCUGCUAGAGGUGGGCACCGUGCGCCCUUCCUGGGGGUCUUUGUGGACUGCUCGGGGUAGCGCCGGACCAGGUCAGACCGUGGCAGCAGGAGGAGGAGCAGGAAGAUCAGGAAGGGAUGGAGGCAGGGUGGGCGGCGGGAGCGGCUGCUGCUUGAUCGUUUCCUGCCCGAGCCGGGCGGAUCCCACAAAGGGCUCGGCGGCGCGGCCUUCCCGCUGGUCGCUCCGUGCCAUGGCCGGCACCAGCUCCAUCGACGCCGUCAAGAAGAAGAUACAGUGCCUGCAGCAGGUGGCCGACGAGGCAGAGGAGCGCGCCGAGCACCUGCAGCGGGAGGCCGAUGCCGAGCGGCAGGCCCGGGAGCGGGCCGAGGCCGAAGUGGCUUCUCUGAACCGCCGCAUCCAGCUGGUGGAGGAGGAACUGGAUCGAGCCCAGGAGCGCCUGGCCACUGCCCUGCAGAAGCUGGAAGAGGCUGAGAAGGCAGCUGAUGAGAGCGAGAGAGGCAUGAAGGUCAUUGAAAACAGGGCCAUGAAGGAUGAGGAGAAGAUGGAGCUCCAGGAAAUGCAGCUGAAGGAGGCAAAGCACAUAGCGGAGGAGGCUGACCGCAAAUAUGAGGAGGUUGCCCGCAAGCUGGUUGUCCUUGAGGGAGAGCUGGAACGCUCGGAGGAGAGGGCAGAGGUGGCAGAAAGUAAAUGUGGUGACCUAGAGGAGGAGCUGAAAAUUGUCACCAACAACUUGAAGUCCCUGGAGGCCCAGGCUGACAAGUAUUCCACCAAGGAGGACAAGUAUGAGGAGGAAAUCAAACUUCUAGGGGAAAAACUGAAGGAGGCUGAGACCCGGGCAGAGUUUGCAGAGCGAUCUGUGGCGAAGCUGGAGAAAACCAUCGAUGAUCUAGAAGAUGAAGUGUAUGCACAGAAGAUGAAGUACAAAGCCAUCAGUGAGGAACUGGACAAUGCGCUUAAUGACAUCACUUCCCUCUGAGCCCCCCACUGGGCACCAGCACUGUUUCCCCCCACACACCUGCCUCACCCCUCCCCAGCUCAGCUGCUUGCCUGCCCAGCCAUCCCAUUACUUUCCCUGCCUGCUCUAUCCUCUCUGUCCUUCCCAGUCUGUGCCUGUGCGUUGGCUCUUUUGGGACAGGAGUUGGACCAGGGUGUUCCCACUAUACCCCUAUUUGUGGGGAGAUGAGGUGUAGGUGCUUAGGGGUGUUUGGCAGGGAAGGCGAACAACCCCCAGGACUUCCAUGCACUGGGCAGAUGGUGUCCAUGCAGUUCCAGGUCUGUGCCCUAGCAUUGCUCGGCAGGGAACAGAGCUGUGCCCAGGAGCCCUUUGCUUCAGUAGCUCCCUCUUCGGCUCCCUGGCAGCACAAACACCAGGGACUCCACAGCUCUGGCACUGGGGGGACACCUGCCCCCCACAUCCCCCCAGCAAAGCCCCCUGGUUCUGCUUGCUGAGCCCAGGGUGGGGGAUGACCUGCACAGGGGAAGCAGCACCUCCACCACCAAAACAGAGGGCUUAGGCCCAAGGGAUGGGGGGUGUCUGGCUGUGCAGGCAGCCUGUCCCCAGGCACGCAGCCCCCAAACCCCUUCUCCUCCCUUCCCCCUGCCUCCCUUCUGUCCUUUGCACAUUGCUCUUCAGUUUGCAUUUCAUGACUUUUUCUUUUCUGUUCUGUCCCUCUGGGUUACUGAAUUGGUCUCAAUAAAGCUUUUUCUUUCCUCCAUUUCUCCUUUGUUUCCUUCAUGUUGCUCUGUUCCUCAUCUUCUGCUUGUCUCAUGUGGGUGCUGGCAGUUGGGUGGUAGGAGGUGGUUGCAGGCAUCUCACAGCUGUGGGACCCCUGGGAUGGCUGUGGCUGAGCCCCGAGCAGCUCCCACACUGCCAGUUUUAGUGGGAUGGGGCCCUUUAUGCCUCUGCUCAGGGAAUAGAUGACUCCCACCACCCCCUGGCUCUCAGACACAGCUUUCCUCAUCUCGUGCCACCUUUUCCAUGAUUCUUUUGGACUAAAAUAGUGGGGUUAGACCUGAUCCUGUCCAUUCCCUGUCCCCAUUCCCAGACAUUGCCCACAAACAGCAAUCUCAUCCCUGGCAUCUCUCCUGCAUCACCCUCCUACACUGAAGGGGCUGACCCUUCCCUUAAGCAGCGAUCCCUGUCCCUAAACGGGUCCCUGGUCCUCAUCUUCCUCCUCCUUCCUCAGUAUCCUACCCCACUCCACAACUCUAUUCCCAAACUGAUGGACCUGCUGCCCUGUUCCUGCCCCAGGACUGGCUGCCUCUUCCUGCCAGCCCAGUCAUUCCCCACUGCUGGCUGGGCAGCAGCAGGGUUUCCAGCAAGGGUUUUGGGGAACACUGUCUCUUUUCACUAACUCACCUUUCUCUUCCCUCUGCUGCACUGAUGUCUCCAUUUUCUCUAGAGCUUUCUCAGCAGGAGGCCAGAAAAAAAUGCAUUCUCGCUAAUGAGCUUCAGGUCAUCCUUACCAAACUUAACAGCUGAGCUGCUGAGAACUCCUGGCUCCAGCCCAGCUUCCUGCACCCGGGCUGCUGCUGACCCUUCUCCCUGCCUCCUUUCGGCCAGGGUGGCUCAGAGCUGGGAGCCCCUCCCCACUGGGGUUAGGCAGUGUGUGGAGCCUUGGCUUAUUCCCCUGGGAGUAACUGCUCUGCUUAGGGGGGACAGAGAGCCCUCUGGAGCUGAUUGUUUUUUUUGUGGGAGAGGAACAAGAGUUUUUGCAAUGUCCUGGGAUGCCCACACAGUGAUGGCUGUUCCCCCUGGCAUCAGUCUGACCCUGCUGGGGAGGGAUGCAGUGGCUUGUAUCGCUGCCUUCCUCCUCUUGUCCCAGGAGUUGUUGGCCAGCCUCUUCCCCCACACUCUGGUCACCCCAAACUAUGCAGGGAGGAUCACCUUGGAGUGGGGUGGGAGGGCUGGGACAGGAGCUGGGGACCCAGCAGUGCCUGUUGCCCCAAACCUGGGGUGGAGGAUGGAGAAGAGCCUGGCCAGGAGUGCUGGGAGACAGGGCUUGGUGGGCAGAGCUCUCAUCUCAUCCCCAUCUCUAGAAGGAAGAAAGAUGCUGUUUUGAAGUGAGUGCCAGAGACUGACUUGGCAGCAGGCUGCCCAGCAGAGCUCUGCUCCUUCUCCAUCUGCUGUCCUCUCUGCCUGCCUUUCUCUCUUCUUCAUGGAGCACUGAUGGGUCAUGCAGCAGGCACUGGCUCUCUUCUUUUGCUGGCCAAGGAUUUAUGUGCUAGCCCACAACCGGAUGGUGGUGAUGCCCCAGGGCAGGACAUGCUGUGGGCAGAGCACAGAGACAGGACCAUGCUGGCAGCUGGCCAGGGAGAGGUACCUAUCAGCAGUAUCCAUGCUGUGAAGGGCCUGGCCAUUGGUAAAGGGGCAUCAUGGGAGAAUGGAAAUGCCAAAGAGUAGGGACUGCCCACCCUGAGUGACUGGCCCAGUUGGCCUGGCUGCCCCUGGAAGAUCCUGGAGUGGCUAGAUUCAUCCCUGCAAGUGGUGGGGCUGCUUGUGCAGACUCUGCUCUGCAGGGAUGCCCCAAGCAGCUGGAGGCUGGUGCUGUACUGAAAUGUCUGUCUGUGUGUGUGUGUGCAUGUCUGUGCUUGGUGUGGUGUGCAUGGGUCUGGCUGUGCCUCUGUAUGCUUGGGCUGUGUCUGUGUCCAUGUGUGUGGCUGGCUGUGUGUCCCUUGUGUUCACAGAGAGUCUGGCCAGCGCCAAAGAGGAGAAUGUGGGCAUUCACCAGGUCCUGGACCAGACCUUGUUGGAGCUGAACAACCUCUGAGCUGCCCUAGGGAGCCCCUGUCCCCCUUCCCUACUCCACACAUGCACCCCCCUGGCACACUCAGGACGUCAUCAGCUAAACUGCAUCUCAGCCAAAUCCACACACCCAUUGAGAAAGGAAGCCUGUGCAGCAUUACAUUGUGGCUCAGGGGUGUCUUCACAGUAUCACAGUAUGUUUGGGAUUGGAAGGGACCUCAAAAGAUCAUCUAGUCCAAUCCCCCUGCUGGAGCAGGAACGCCUAGGUGAGGUCGCACAGGAACAUGUCCAGGCGGGUUUUGAAUGUCUCCAGAGAAGGAGACUCCACAACCUCCCUGGGCAGCCUGUUCCAGUGCUCUGUCACCCUUACUGAGAAGAAGUUUUUUCUCAAAUUUAAGCGGAACCUCUUGUGUUCCAGCUUGAUCCCAUUACCCCUUGUCCUAUCAUUGUUGGCCACCGAGAAGAGCCUGGCUCCAUCCUCAUGGCACUCACCCUUUAUAUAUUUAUAAACAUUAAUGAGGUCCCCCCUCAGUCUCCUCUUCUCCAAACUAAAGAGACCCAGCUCCCUCAGCCUUUCCCCACUGCUCCACUCCCUUAAUCAUCUUCAUUGCCCUACGCUGGACCCUCUCCAGCAGUUCCCUGUCCUUCUGGAACUGAGGGGCCUGUGCACAGCCUGUUUGGCUCUGUCCUGUCUUCAUGUCCAAAUAUUAAAGCAGUUUGACAAAA